UCUAAAUGAGAAGUUCAGAAGUAAUUAGGGAAGCGCUGUUUGAGCUCAUCCAGUUAUUUUCAAUUUCUCUCUUCAGUUCGCACCGCAGCACAAAAGAUCGUCACGUAAAAAAAAAAUCGGACAGCUCUGAAAACUCAUUUUCUUUUAAAAAGGAAGGGACGGGGGAAAAAAAAGAAGCCAUCCGUUAUUUGGGCCGAGUUUGCUCUUUACUGAAGUGCAGUGCCAAACUUGACGUGAUCCCGAGAGGGGCUGCCCCUGCCUGCACCGCGUCUCUGCCUCCCAGCCCGGCUCUCCUCCUAGCGCCCAAGGGCCGCCGCCCAGCUCCGGCUCGCCGUCCUGCGUUCAGGUUCACGUUCCAGUUAAUAGCAAACGUUACUGCUCUCCUGAGGCGCGGGCCAGAGCGGGCACGCUUUACGCGGAGGCCCGCGCGGGCACGUUACGCGCAGCUGCCCGGCGGAAGAGGGGCUGCUCCCGGGAGGAAGAGCGAGGAGCGGCUCCCGGGAGGAAGAGCGAGGAGCGGCUCCCGGGCAGGAAGGGCGAGGAGGAGCGGCUGCCCUUUGUGUGCGCGGGCCGGGGCCGCUGUCGCUCCCGGGCGCCAGGCGGCGCUGCGGGCCCCGCGGAGCGCAGGGCAGCGGCCGGAGCCGCGGACACCGCUCGGGCACCGGGAAUCGCCCCGCAGCCCCCGAGGGCAGCGUGCCACUGCAAACGGCCUGCCCAGAUAAAAACAGAUAGGCCGGACCAAAAAAAAAAACAACCCUCAAAAACUAAACCAAAAAUCAUGGUGGUUGGGUUUGGGGUUUUUUGUUGUUGUUGUUUUUGAUUUUUUUUUU